CCAUCAUAAUAAGAGAUAUUGGUCUCAAACUCGAAUUAAGAAAAAAAAAAUAGAAGCCCAUCAUAUCAAAGGUAUGGUCUCAAACCCUACAUUUAUAAACACACCCCAACACUUAAUCUCGCCUCCCGCCGUCGCGCUUCAUUCCUCAGAACAAAGAAGCACCGAGUGAAUUAUGGCGUUCGCAGCUAUGAAACCAACAAAGCUAGGGCUAGAGGAGCCCCAGGAGCAGGUUCACAAGAUCCGGAUUACCCUUUCUUCCAAGAACGUAAAGAAUUUGGAGAAAGUGUGUGCCGACCUGGUACGUGGUGCCAAGGACAAAAGGCUCAGAGUCAAGGGACCAGUGAGGAUACCCACUAAGGUUCUCAAGAUUACUACUAGGAAGUCUCCCUGUGGUGAAGGUACCAACACCUUUGAUAGGUUUGAGCUUAGAGUUCACAAGCGAGUGAUCGACCUUUUCAGCUCCCCCGACGUUGUGAAGCAAAUUACCUCAAUUACCAUAGAACCUGGUGUAGAGGUUGAGGUUACAAUAGCAGAUUCAUAGAUUAUCUUGUUUGCCUAUUUCUGCUUUUUGUCAUUAUUUUUCGAGCUUGAAAUUCUUGGGGAGAUAUAAUGGGGCAAGUUUGUCAUACGUGUUCUUUUAGCUGUUUCAAUUUUGAAUUACCAAGACUGCUUUCUAUUUAUUUUGAGUACUUUUGAAUAUUGAGAUAUUGAAUUUAGUUAAUGUGAAAGCACUGGAAACUAGUUGAUCUUGAA